CAUAUGUAUGAAUUUUCCCGUUUCUCGCGUGGGUCCAUUUUAAAAAAGUAAUAUGAGAAAAGUUCGAACAUGAAAUUAUAUUUUAUUUGCAAUGAGCUAAAGCUUGAUUAUGAGAAUGACUUGCAAGACGAUCUUCAGUUUCAGAUUAAGAUGCUCCAUCGCGGAGUGUUUUUGAUACCCUCACCUGGGAGCUAUUUCCAGAAAUUUGAGAUUCUUGCAAAAAAUAUAGCCUAUGUUACUCGGGGCUAAAGUAGCUACCCAAAUCGACACAGUAGUUUUUGAGUUUAUUCAGUACAAACAUACAUACAAAUCUUUCCUCUUUAUAAUAGUAGUAUUAUUGUAGUUCACUCAACUUUCUGAAGAAUUCAAAACUCAAAAUUUGCUUACAAAAUAUUUUGUUUAUUACACAUUUAUUUAAAAUAAAUGAUUUCAGGAAUUUGGUUUUACUUAAUGUUCAAUCUUAGCGCUCAAAAUCUUGUUUUUGUAGCCUACAAAUAGGCAAUGUAUUAAAGUUUAACGCCAAAAAAAGACUCAAUGAAAGUUUCUAGCAAUCUGUUAGAACCAGUAGUCAGUAAUAAAAAUAAUAUACCUCUCAACCAUUUGAUUUGAACUCUAUUUCAAGUCAUAGUGCUGUCAAUGUCAAUAAAAGCACAAAAUCCAAAUACUUUAUUUUUAGCCUCUAAAGCUAUUGUAUGACAAAUAAUAAAUAAAUACCACAUGUUGCAUUAGCAGUGAAUGUGUUUACUUACAGCUUGUAAUUUUGGUACACAUACUUGCAAGUUUACCUGCAAAAUGUUACUCAUACGCCAAGGUAAAAAUAAAUAAAUAAAUAUAGAUGUAGUUGCUGUAGAUAAGUUAUAGUAUUUUUAGAUGUAAACAUAAAUAAAACGAAUUUAAAAUGUAAAUUAAAAAGCACUGCAUAAAAUCUGCUUGGAAAUAUGAAACAUAUUUUGAGAAAAGUGUUUUAAGAAAACAUCAAAUAUAAGGCACUGAAGAAGUAAUAAGAAUAUGACUUUUUAAAACAUUUAACAUUAUAGUAAUCAAAAUUAAAUCAAUGAGCUUAUAAAGUAAUAAUAAUAAACUAUUUUCCAAAUUUUUGCUUUAAAUUUAAGCGUAACUACAAUAAAUAGUGAAUAAAUGUUAUAUAACUCCAACAAUACAAUAUUAUCAAAAACUAAGUAAUGACAUACCAAAAACUCCCUCACACUACUCUUGCGAACGUAACGCUUACAAUGGUAAUAUAAAGCUGAUUGUGUAAAACAUCAAAGCAAAUGUGCUUAGUCAUCAAAAUCUAAAAAAAAAAAUCAACAAAAUCUAAAAAAGAAACUAAAAAUACAACCGAUUUGAACCGCGUAAACAAAUAAAAAACACGAAAAGAAAUAAAAAAACAACAAAAAAACGGCGCAAAAGUAAACCGCACAAGGAAGAAAUCAAUAGGCAAAAGUUGCUCAUACGCCACCGCCUACAGCAGUACAAUACGGUGCGCGCACAAAUACCCGCUAGGUAGCAGCAAACAGCCUGUAGCUGCGCCAACAACACAGUACUACAGCAUACAACUUGUGCUGCUCCAAAAUUACAAACACAACAACAACUGCAACAAACCACAAAGAGACUUCAAACGAUACUACCAUUAGAUGGAGCUUGGCACCGAUAACAUCAUGCGUUCGGAACUUCUGAACUGCGUCAAUGCGUAACUCGGUUGAAUUUAGCGAGCUUAAAAUAUAACUGAAGAGCUUUAAAAGAAACCAAAGUUGUUGCGAAACCACCAACAGAAUGUAUUCCAACAUAUCGAAUUUAUUCUACAUCAGUCUAGUGGCGAGCUUAAUGCCACAAUUUGCACAAACCGGAAAGACUGACGCCAGCGAACCGCCGGCUGGACAGGAACACGGCAAUGCGAACUUGGCUAUGGCACGCGCCAGAGCACUAGCGAAUAUACAAGAGCAGCUCUUACCGAAUUUGAAUCUCUUACAGUUGGAGGCAAAUGAGUUUCUCAGUCGCGUCAAUGGCGCCAUCUAUAACAUGACAUUCAAUGAGACCUACGAAGAGGAGAUGAUGUGUCACAAUGGACAGAAUGCUAUAGCCAAUCUGGUCACAAUGAUACUUUAUGCUAUCGUCUGCAUUAUUGGACUCUUCGGCAAUACGCUGGUUAUUUAUGUGGUGCUGCGUUUUUCGAAAAUGCAAACAGUCACCAAUAUCUAUAUACUCAAUCUGGCUAUAGCCGAUGAAUGUUUCUUGAUUGGUAUACCAAUGCUGUUAUAUACAAUGCAAAUCGGUAGUUGGCCAUUUGAUGAUUAUGUGUGUAAAGCUUAUAUGGUGAGCACAUCGAUAACACAAUUUACAUCGUCGAUCUUCUUGCUGAUCAUGUCAGCCGAUCGUUAUAUAGCCGUUUGUCAUCCGAUAUCAUCGCCACGCUAUCGUACGCCGUUCGUGUCGAAAUUGGUCUCGGGUUUUGCUUGGCUGACGUCGGUGCUACUUAUGUUGCCCGUGAUACUGUUCGCCAAUACGGUGCAGACGAGCGAGGAUCACGUGUCGUGCAACAUCAAGUGGCCCGAAGCACAAAAUACACAAUCGGGUACCACAUUUAUACUGUACACACUGACAUUGGGCUUUGCCACACCGCUUACCUUCAUCUUGAUCUUCUACUUUCUCGUUAUACGCAAAUUGCAUACGGUCGGUCCAAAGCAAAAGUCCAAAGAGAAGAAGCGCUCUCACCGUAAGGUGACCAAACUGGUGCUAACAGUGAUUACAGUAUACAUACUGUGUUGGCUACCCUAUUGGAUAUCACAGUUGGCGCUCAUCUAUUCGUCGCCAAGCAAAUGUGCAUCGAGACUUGAGAUCACCAUCUUUCUGCUGGCCGGCUGUCUCGGCUACUCGAACUCGGCCAUGAAUCCCAUACUCUACGCAUUUUUGAGUGACAAUUUCAAGAAGAGCUUCCUGAAAGCUUGCACUUGUGCCACGCGCAAAGAUGUAAAUGCUCAGCUGCAAAUGGAGAAUAGUCUCUUUCCGAAAUUUGGCAAGAAUCGUCAAUCGGAUCGUCUCUUCUCACCGAAGAAGGCGAAACAGAAGAAGAUGCUUGUAACACGUAAUAAUAAUGCUACGAAUAUGCUUGCCGCUGCCUCAGGCACAACCACGACGACGACAAAUACCACGGCAACUAGCAAUAGUAGUGCCGCCAAUCAAAUAGCCGCUUACCCCGAUCGUCUGACUAACAACAUGCCGACGCAGAAGACGCCGCUAAUGAUAGAAAACCAACAUGCCGCUGGGAGCGUUGUGCCGGGCACAAAUGCAACCGUGCUUUUAGUGCCGAGCACAUCGUGCGCAGAUAUGUUGGAACAUACGGUAGCAGCUGAGGGAUCCAUGAAGCCGGUUGGCGGUACUGAUACGAGUUGUAAGGCGCCCGUGUUGCACACAGACUUAUAAGACUUGGCUAUGGGUGGUCGUACGCCAGUAGAGACAAUUGUCUAUGUGGCAAAGAGAUGAGUAUCAGCGAGAGAGUUUCGAAACGAAGAGCUGAUAUAAGGAAAGGCUAGAAUAAUAAAAAAAUAGAGUAGGAAAAUACAUAUGGGAUUGAGCAGGAGAGUUUGACGAACCAAAAAGAGAGCUUGGCAGUGAGAAAGAACUAAAGUAUAUGAUUCGUUGUCACUUAAAUAUUUAGGGAAAGUAUAGUAGAAGAUAUUGGUAUAUCAGUAAAGUAAAGGAACUUGAAUUGAGCUUUGUGAUAAAAAUAUCGCUAUUUAUUCGCAUUCACUUUGAAUCUUAAAAAAAGUAAGCAUAACAAUUAAACAAAUAAACUUCUUUUAAAGGUGCUUAUUUUCAGAAAUAGUAACAAUUAUGCUUAGAAAAGCUUUGAAAGCUCUCUUAGGUCGAUAAAAGUUUUCAGACAGUAAGAUUGUACUCUCAAUAAUAAUAUACGUACAUAUAACUUGUAUAGUUACUAAAGCACAGUUUGAGCUUUUCCGUAAUGUAUUUUCAUCAUAAGAUAUCAAAGCUUGGUAGGCCUUGUAUUUAAAAAGUUUUAAAUCGAUACAAUAGCUUAUUAAUCUUUUAAAAAUACUUCAAACUUAUUUUUGUAAAUAUCAAUAACGAAAACAUGUACAGUACUUGUAAAGCUUAAAAAGCUUUAGUUUCGAAAAAUUUAUUUGAGACGAUAGAUAAUAUCUCUUUUCUCUCUUAUAAAGGUUAAUCUGGUAGGCCAGAAAGCCACACAUAGACCAGUUUUGGUCCUUUGCGAUACCAGAUGGAGUGCGUAGUUAAUGAGGAGUAAUCAAUCUUUAGAAUGCCUGGGCUUGACGUGAAUUUUAAAAGAUCACUCUUAUAAAAAAUUAUACAAAAACGAGAGUGUUUUCUAAAUGAAUAUACAUAUGUAAAUUCUGACUCAACUCCUUAAAAAUAUAGUGAAAUAUGUAAGCUUAAGCUUUGAGCUUUGAAGUUCAAUCUUUAAUACCCUAAAAUAAAUUUUAAAGUUGCAGGAAAUUUUACUAUUAUUUUGCAAUUUUAUACACUUCUCUCG